AUGGAAGGCUUAAAUAUACAUCCUGAAGUCGCAGAACUUUAUCCUGAGCUUCUAGAAAUCAGAAGAGGGUUCCACAAAAAUCCAGAACUAUUAUUCGAACUUCCCAAAACCAGCGCUUUUAUAAUAAUCCUCAUAAAAAUAAAUUAAUUCAGCAUUUCCCUUAAAAUAUUUUACUUUAUAAAUAAUUAAAAAUGGUAUAGAAUAUCUUCAGUCUUUAAAUAUUGAAGUACAUACAGAAGUCGGGAAAAUUGGAGUUGUAGGAGUUAUCAGAGGAGAAGGCCCUUGCAUUCUAUUAAGAGCAGAUAUGGACGCUCUUCCUAUAGAAGAGCUAAAAGAAUCGGAUUACAAGUCUUCUAAUCCUGGAGCAAUGCAUGCCUGCGGCCAUGAUGCCCAUAUGGCAAUGCUUUUAGUAGCUGCUAAAGUCAUUUCAAGGCAUCGUGACAAGGUAAAAGGAAGCAUAAAAUUCAUGUUCCAGCCAGCUGAAGAAGGCGGUCAUGGUGCCAGAUUUAUGAGAGACGACCCUUUAUAUCCUAUCUUAGACUCAGAACCUCGCGUAGACGAAGUCUACGCAAUCCACGUCGAACCUCAAAUGAAAUCAGGCGAUUUCUUUUGUUCAGACAAAUUUUCAUCAUCUUGCUGUGACGAUUUUUCUAUAGAAAUCCAUGGCAAAGGAGGUCAUGGCUCAGCCCCAUUCCUCUGUAUAGACCCUGUUGUAAUUGCUUCAGAGCUAGUUCUUGCAUUACAAACCAUUGUACCUCGGAAUAUUAAUACCAAAUACCAGUCAGUUAUAUCAGUUUGCUCUAUAAAGGCAGGGGAAACUUAUAAUGCGAUCCCUGAUUCUUGUAUUUUGUUAGGGACUAUAAGGACUUAUGAAAAAGAGGUCAGAGAACAAAUCAUUCAGAGGGCUACUGAAAUUUGUGAAGGACUUGGGAUAGCGAAUAAUACUAAGAUCACUUUUAAAAUAGACCCAGGCUAUGGAGCGAUAAUUAAUGACCCGAAAUGCAUAGAAAAAUCAGUGGAUACGUUUAAAAAAGUGUCACCUAAUGCGGUUAGGUAUAUGGGGUAUCCAAUGUAUGGAGAAGAUUUCAGCUAUUUAACUGAUGUAAGACCAGGGUGCUUUAUUGGGUUAGGGUGUAAUCCUGGAGAGAGAGGAGCAGUGCUACAUUCCCCGAAUUUUAAUAUAGACGAAAGAGCUAUGAUGAUAGGGUCUUCUUGGUUUAUCCAGUUGAUUAAUGAUCAAUUGUGUAGCAAUGAAGACUUAAUUUAA